AUGCACUUCCCACUUGUAGUGUCAGCUCUCGUACUCGUUGCAUCUGCUCGUCCUUUCGGGAAUAACUAUCCGAGAGCACCUGGUUUUGGAUCUUGUGGUUCCCCAGAAAUUGAAUUUUCGUGGGUGCCCAGUGUCGUCCAUCAUCCAUCAACUACAUUCCCAGGAUAUAGCUCAGGCAUUGAUGGUCGCACGCAAGCAGCAUUUCGUCCUAUCAAUCAGGUUGACUUCAAUCACGGUUCUGCUCAGGAUAUCGGCGUCAUCAGUCGCUUUAUUUGCCAGCAGCUUGAAGAUAAAUGUAAAGCCUCACCGGCUCAGAUCACAGCUUGCCAAGCGGGUCAAAAAGCAGCCCGGAAUUCUACUGGUGGGGGGCGGCUGAUGUCUUGGAUUCAGACAUCGUUCGCUACCUCAACGAAAAGUGCAGGUCCCAACGGGGUCAAAUCCCCUGUGAAUAUAAUAGGUACAAGAGCAAAUCUAAACGUGAAUAAGAAUUGCACGCCCUCUACGGUCACGGUGACCGUUACUUCAACGUUCUCAGCCCCAGGCUUUACCAGUACGCCUCCGGCUAACAGUACUGGCGUGCAAGCGAACAUUACAACCUCCGUUAAUAACACUGGGGGGCUGAACUUCGGGAAAUGCACGGAUCCAAGUGUUAUUUUCGGUGCUGGUUUAGAUGGACGUAAAGCAACUGGAUUCUCGUUCCUUCCUCACAAUCUACAACAGUUCCCCCAUGGUAGCGCCCCAAACCCUGACGUUAUAUUCCAGUUUAUUUGCGACAACCUCGUCAACAAGUGUGGCCUGAAGAAAACAGAUAAAGCGGUGACUACUUGCCGUGCUGCUGAGGUCGAAGCUCGCAAGGAGAAGAAGGGUCGAGCGGCGGAUAUUUUUAAUGCCAAGCUAGGCUUCAACACUAACUUUGCGGCAUUAGACACUAAUACCACCCAACAUCGGCGAAGCUACUAG